UAAUUAAUUAAUAAUUUAAUAUCAAUCAACAAGAAUUUCCACAUCUUAUUAAUAACCUUAGAUCAACAAUCAUAAAAAAUAAAAUAAAAAAUAAAAAAAUAUACAAACUCUCGUCCAAUGGCCGGAAACCGCCAUUCCUCCGGCAAAAACGGCCCAAAUUCAUCAGAAGUGGUGGUGGUAAUGGUGCCACUACCGGCACAGGGCCACCUCAACCAGCUCCUCCAGCUCAGCCGCCUUAUCGCCGCCUACAACGUACCCGUCCACUACGUCUCCACCUCCACCCACACCCGCCAGGCCAAGCUCCGAGACCACGGCGGUUGGGACCCACGCGCCGCCGCCAAUAACAACCUCCACUUCCACGGUUUCCCAGUCCCGGAGUUCCAUUCCCCAAACCCCAACCCCAACGCCGCCAACAAAUUCCCCUCCCACCUCCAGCCCCUCUUCAACGCCGCCUCCCGCCACCUCCGGCAGCCCCUCGCCGCCCUCCUCCGCUCCCUCUCCGGAACCGCCCGCAGAGUCGUCGUGAUCCACGACUCACUAAUGGCGUCCGUCGUACAGGACGUGGGCUCCGUACCGAACGCCGAAACGUACGUCUUCCACAGCAUCUCCGCCUUCGCCAUUUUCUGGUACUUCUACGAAACCCUAGAAAAAAUCGAACCGAAACCGACGAUCGAAACCGAACUGCAGAACAAGGUCCCUUCUCUUGAAGACUGCUUCACGACGGAGUUCAUGGAUUUCAUCGUCUCCGAACACGGCCACGUCGGACUGAGCUCCGGCAGCCUCUACAACUCGUGCAGAUCCGUCGAAGGCAGAUUCAUGGACUUGAUCGAAAAGAUUUCCGGGAACAAGAAACAUUGGUCUAUCGGGCCGUUCAAUCCGGUCGGGUCGACGGAGAAGAAAUCUUCCGAACACCGUUGUCUGAAGUGGCUUGACGAACAAGAAUCGAGAUCCUCGGUGAUUUACGUUUCUUUCGGCACCACAACUUCCUUUUCCGACGAACAAAUCGAAGAACUGGCGAACGGGCUCGAAGAAAGUGGAGCGAAAUUCAUUUGGGUUUUGAGAGAUGCAGAUAAAGGAGAUUCAAUCGAAAAUGGCGGGAUUAGAAAAGCCGAGCUGCCGGUAGGGUUUGAGGAGAGAGUUAGAGAGAGAGGGAUUGUAGUGAGAGAAUGGGCGCCGCAGUUGGAGAUUUUACGACACUCUUCCACCGGAGGGUUUAUGAGCCACUGCGGAUGGAAUUCUUGCAUGGAGAGUAUUUCGAUGGGCGUUCCGAUUGCCGCCUGGCCGAUGCACUCCGAUCAGCCGAGGAACGCCGUUUUGAUCACGGAGGUGUUGAAAAUUGGGGUGGUUGUGAAGGAUUGGGGUCGGAGGGAUGAGAUUGUGACGGCCGAGGCGGUUGCUGUGGCGGUGAAGGAAUUGAUGGGGUCGGAAGAGAUGCGGCGGAGGGCGGAGGAGUUGGGCGGGGAUGUUAGGAGUGCUGUGGCGGAAGGUGGCGUUACGUGGUCGGAGAUGGAUUCUUUCGUCGCUCAUAUUGGUAGAUAGAGAAAUAUAGAGAAUGUGUGAUUUUGUGG